GUUUCUUUUUUGUGUCGUUAAGAAUUUUGUGUUUCCCAAAAUGAGAGAAUGUAUUUCGAUUCACAUAGGGCAGGCCGGCAUUCAGGUGGGCAACGCUUGCUGGGAACUUUACUGUCUUGAACAUGGCAUUCAGGCUGAUGGUCAGAUGCAGAGUGAUACUACUAAGGCAGAAAGUGAUGCCUUCAAUACAUUUUUCAGUGAAACAGGGUCCGGAAAACACGUUCCUCGUGCCGUAUUCGUCGAUCUUGAACCUACGGUAAUCGACGAAGUCAGAACCGGAACCUACCGCCGCCUCUUCCAUCCCGAACAACUCAUCAGCGGCAAAGAAGACGCCGCCAACAACUUCGCACGCGGCCACUACACCAUUGGAAAGGAGAUAGUUGAUCUGUGUUUGGAUCGAAUUCGAAAGCUUGCGGACAAUUGUACUGGUCUGCAAGGAUUUCUGGUGUUCCAUGCCGUGGGGGGCGGCACGGGGUCCGGCCUAGGUUCCCUUUUGCUUGAACGCUUGUCGGUGGAUUACGGCAAGAAAUCCAAGCUUGGAUUUACUGUGUAUCCUUCGCCGCAGGUUUCAACCUCGGUUGUCGAGCCAUACAACAGCGUUCUCUCAUCCCAUUCUCUCUUAGAACACACCGACGUCGCCGUUUUGCUCGAUAACGAAGCCAUAUACGACAUUUGCCGGCGGUCUCUCGACAUCGAACGUCCCACGUACACAAACCUCAACCGAUUGGUGUCGCAGGUUAUUUCAUCGUUGACCGCUUCUCUGAGAUUCGACGGUGCCUUGAACGUGGACAUCAAUGAGUUUCAAACCAACUUAGUCCCCUACCCGAGAAUCCACUUCAUGCUUUCGUCUUACGCGCCGGUGAUCUCCUCGGCCAAGGCGUUCCACGAGCAGCUCUCCGUGGCGGAGAUCACCAACACAGCUUUCGAGCCGUCGUCGAUGAUGGCCAAGUGCGACCCGCGCCACGGCAAGUACAUGGCGUGCUGCCUAAUGUACAGGGGCGACGUGGUCCCCAAGGACGUGAACAACGCCGUGGCCACCAUCAAAACCAAACGCACCAUCCAGUUCGUGGACUGGUGCCCCACGGGGUUCAAAUGCGGCAUCAACUACCAGCCGCCGACCGUCGUGCCCGGCGGCGAUCUCGCCAAGGUUCAAAGGGCGGUUUGCAUGAUCUCCAACUCCACCAGCGUCGCCGAGGUGUUCUCCCGCAUUGACCACAAGUUUGACCUCAUGUACUCCAAGAGGGCGUUUGUGCAUUGGUAUGUGGGUGAGGGGAUGGAGGAAGGUGAGUUUUCUGAAGCUCGGGAGGACCUUGCCGCGCUUGAGAAAGAUUAUGAAGAAGUGGGGGCUGAGCUUCAAGAGGGUGAAGAAGCUGAUGAAGGAGAUGACUACUGA